AUGUCUUCUCAAGAGCAGCAGUGCAAGCAGAAGUGCAAGACACCUCCAGUGUGUGUAACAAAGUGCCCUGAUCCUUGCUCACCUAAGAAGGAUUCAGACCCUUGCCCACCUCAGCAGUGCCAGCAGAAAUGCCCUCCUGGGACACCUAUCCAGCAAUGCCAGCAGAAGUGCCCACCCAAGAACAAGUAA